CCUGGAUGUAUCUUCGUCCCGCCCUUCUCUGUCUUAUGCUAUCUGUCCUUCUAUUAGACAAAAGUUUAUAAGCCUAAAUUGAGCACAAAAACCUGCAUAUGUAUGUAAUUCCAAUAACUCCAAACCGUUCACUUUGCAUUAAUUACUAAAUUCAAUAUUACUCGCACUGCUCAUCGCGUUGGGAGACUCGAUAGUAAGAAGGUCCAUGUUCCUAAAAUUAAUAAAAUCAAAAGUGAAUUAAAUGGAUAGAAGACAAUUGUUCAAUUUCUUUAUGACUUAACAUCUAUGAAGAAGAAUAACAAAACAUUUAGCGAGAACUACAACCAACUAAAAAACCAUAUUAAAAGCAGCGGGUUAAUAAAAGACAAGGUAGAAAAUGAAAUAAGCAAUCGAACAGAUACGGUUUUAUCUGUUUAGAUUCAAAUAAAUGUUGAAAAGAAGAAAAAAGUAAUAACGGAAGAAAAUCAACUCAUUCGCAAUAUAAGAUGUCGACAAAAUCUAUUAAUUCCUCCAGUAAUAAAGCCUCAAAAUCGGCCUCAAGUGAGUCUAUAUCAUCAAACGAAAAGAAAGAUUUCCCCGUUGAAAACUCUGAGCUUCAAGAAGGUAUCCCUGAUGGAUGCUCGAUAUCAGGUUAUCAAAAUUUUGCAAAGGCAGCUGAAAUAUCGUAUGAAGUUAUACCAAAUUUACAGAUCGUAGAAGCUGAAAUUUCUAACAAUGAUAACGGCUCUGCUCUGUCUAACAGUGAUGGUCUGGAAAUCAGCUUAUUUAAAUCAUUAACCUUAGAAGGAGAACCAUUAGAGAAUUCUGGAGACAGGCGAGACACGAAUGAACAAAAUACACUUGAUAAGAAUUUCCCAACUUCUGUUAAAGCUAAUGAUGACGCAGCAGAAGAAGCAAGAAAGGUUGGAAAAGAAAUGAGAGAACCUGAAUUGAAACAUGAAAAUCGUAAUUUGCAAACAUCUUCUGUAUUCUCUGAACUUAUGAAUCAGUUCCAAAGGCAUGCCGUUAAGAAAGUGAGCAAUGAACGCGAUAAGCCAGCUGAAGCAAAACUAUCCAGGACUGGGCAGAUUUCCUCUUAUACGUCGACUACUCUUAUAAAUGAAAUGCCGGAUUUAAAUACUGAAGUACAUUCGAUGCCAAUUACCAGUACUAAUUCCCUUUCAACUGAAUCAUGCAAUAAUUUAGAUUUACCCAACACCAAAAAUGAUAAUGAACUAAGUAGAAAUAUGAGGUUAGAAUCUACUGAUAACCAAGAAAUUCCGAUUAAUCAGUCACCAUCGAAUGUCUCUGAAAACAAUUUAAACGUGCCGAAUGAGGAUGAGCUCGAAAGGAAGCUCGACAGUAACCACCAAAACCUGAUGAACCAACCAUCACCGAAUGACUUUGAAAGUCAUUUAAAUGCAGAGCCAAAUGACCCGGAAGAUAUCAAGGAAAACGAGUUUGAGACCUUGUGACAAAAUU